UUUUUCUCGAGUCUCGACAUAAAAAKAAUCAGUUUGUUUUGACGAGAAUAGAUACGUAUGGCAAUGUUUCCACGACUUGUCUGGACAUAGAUAUACCAACUAAAAUUAAUUGGUUAAUUAUCUACAACAUAUAACCAACUUGUACGCCGAUACAAGGAGUGGAACAGCUACUUUUCCAGAAUGAACCUUGAUAUUUCCCUUGUUCUGUUUGCCCUUAUGGUCUGUCAUGGAUCAGCUCUCGUCUGUUACCAGUGUUCCAACGUGACUGGGCUACCUCAGCAGGACUGCAACAACCCCAUCAACCAGACCUGUGAUGUCGGCUACGAUACCUGCUUGAUAGCUCUUUAUAACUUGACAAACAAUUUUGGCUCGAAACCACUAAUUCAGGUGCUAAGGAACUGCAGCGCAGGUUGCAAUMAAAACGACAUGUGCAAUAAGAGGAACAAAACUACAAAUGGCGAAGUUCUGGGAUGCAAGUUUCACUGUUGUAAGAACAAUCGUUGUAAUUUCAAUUGGCCAACACCAAUCCAAACUACAUUGGUACCAACAACGACUACAACUAGUCUGUCURRUGGAUCAACAAUGGCUCCAUCAACCACUGAUCAUGAAGUAACCAAAGCUUUUGGAACAGCAGUGUCCAUGCARGUGUUCAGCGGCUCUAUUUGUUCGGCUCUAUUUUUUGGCCGAAUCGCUGCCAUACUAGCCUAAUUCAGCCAAACACGACUUACAAAGACCAAAGAAUACAAKUCGAUYCCGGGAUUCCUAUGUCUAGUAUCGUCCGAAUGCUGUUGAAAUUUCUUAAAAAUCAGUUCUUUUUUAUGUUGCCCGACAAGAAAAGCCAUAAAUUCACAAUUAGGAAGCAUAAGUCUGAAAACACAACCAUAAAUGAACCCCAAAAGUAAAACACAAAUACGUCACAGCGGUCAUCUUGGAGGAACUUCAACAAAGGAUUUCUCAUUAGUAUCUAUUGGUCAUCCCUCCAACAUGGCCGCUGGUCUUUUUUUCUUGUGAAUAUCUCAUGGAAAAGCUUAAAAACGAUCAAUAUAUCGAUGUUGAAAAGGACCUAUAAAUCACGAAGAGRUUUUAAUGGUUUUCGAACGAUAAUCGCUAUAGGACGCCAUGGAGCCAACUUUUUUUAGUCUAGUAAACAUAUGAUUCAGCUCAAGAGUUGUGAUAGGGCGCUAAAACAUAAAUCAUGAAAAAGUAAUUCGCAUAUAGUGCUACACGAUGUAUGUUUUCCCUGAGUAACAUAUGAAAGGAUAAUUAGAGAUAGUUGUAAGGAWGAUCUACGAUGAUUUCAGCUUCACACAAACCAAACCAAACCAAGCAAAUAUAUGUAUAAUUUAAGUUAAAAGUAGUMGUUAUCAAUGAUGUUGUAGUCAUGUAUUGGYGAACACAGUUCGUCGCGUGGARUAAAAGCAUUUGUACUCCGCCAUCUUGUCUUGCUCACGUUUUAAUGUAUUUACUCUAAGCUGUAGUUCAAGACAUAAAUUAUUCUACAAAUUAAUUCCAUAAAUUGAGUUCAGUUGUAAUCGCCCCAUGUAAGAGAAUCMAGAGAACUAGAGGAUUCCGGAUUCCGAAACGCACUGGAUUUUCAGCCGAAUUCCAAGCAUUGAAGUUCCGUAUUCCAAAGAAUGUUUUUUUUUCUUUGAAUUUCAAUUUUUUUGCUAGAUUCUGGAUUCCAAAAAUUUGGAUUCCUCCGGAUCCCAGGAUACAGAUUACAGAUUCUACAGCUGUUUUUUUUAACUGGAUUCCGGAUUCUGAAUUCUCUUACAUGGGGGCGAUUGUGAUAAUGAAUCGAUAGUGAAGAAUAUUUUUGUCCGAUUUUCGUUCGCCAUUCGGGUUUAAAGAAUCAAAUGUCUGCASUCAAAUGUGUAUAUAAAGCUUGGAUGCCAAGGGAAAGCACC